UUUCACUAAUAAUGAAGAAAAAGGGUAGUGAUUUGUUGCCAUUUAUUGCAAUGGUGAUUGUACAAGUAGGCUAUGCUGGAUCAAAUGUUGUGACAAAACUAGUCAUGGAUACUGGUAUGGACCCUUUUGUCCAGACAGCAUACAGACCUAUAUUUGCCACAAUUUCAAUUGCACCCUUUGCUUACUUUUUGGAGAGGAAAACAAGACCAAAGUUGAGCCUAUCUGUAUUUUUUCAAAUUUUCUUGUGUUCCAUUAUCGGAAUAACUGCGAACCAGUAUACAUUUUGUAUUGGGUUAAAAUAUACUACUCCGACGAUUGUUUCCGCCCUCGAUAAUCUAAUCCCAGCAUUCACUUUUCUCCUAGCCGUCCCAUUCGGGCUUGAAAAAUUGGGACUAAGAAGUAUAGCAGGACAAGCCAAAUUGAUUGGAACUAUAGUGUGUGUUGGAGGGGCAAUGUUAUUGUCAUUGUAUCGUGGACCUGUAGUGAUUGGCCAAUUGGGAUUUCACUGGAAAUAUGUUGAAAACACUACUGAUGACAAGGAUGUCAAUUCUACACAUACCAACUUCCUUUUGGGACCUUUUAUACUCAUAAUCAGCAGUAUUACCUAUGCAUUAUGGUUAAUCAUUCAAGCAAGAGUGAAUGAGAAGUAUGCAGCUCCAUAUUCUAGUACCCUUUUGAUGUUCUUCAUGGCAAGUUUCCAGUGCAUGAUUAUCAGCUUUUGUGUCGUACCAAAAGCUUCUGAAUGGGCUUUAAAUCCUAUUAGAGCUAUCUCUGUUGUUUAUAAUGGAACUGUGUGCUCUUCACUAGCAUUAUACUUAUGCUCCUGGUGUAUAGAAAGGAAAGGUCCUUUAUAUGUCUCGAUGUUCAAUCCGUUGUUACUUGUUAUUGCUGCCUUUCUUAGUUGGAUUCUGUUGAGAGAGAAAUUAUACCUUGGAAUAGUGGUGGGGUCAAUCUUGACAGUUGUUGGACUGUAUGGUUUUCUUUGGGGGCAGAAAAAAGAGAUGGAACAAAGUAAAAAUGAGAUAGAGGAAGAGGACGUGGUGGAGGCUAACAAAGAGGACAUCAAGGCUUAG